GUUCAAAAUACUAUUUUAAUAUAUAAUAAUAUCCGGAUAAGACGUAAUUACACAUCAAAAUAGUUUUAUUGAUUUUUGAUAAAAGAAUAAAUUUCAAAUUAAAAAAUUUCGGAAUACACAAUGCACUUCAGAUCAUAGAAGAACAGCGCACUUUUUUACUCGAACUGACAGUGAUAUUUCAUAGAGAAGCGCACUUUUUUACUCGAAUUGAGGAGUGACAUUUCAUAGAGGAAAAGUACAAUUUUUUACUUGAUUUGACAGUAACAUUUCAUAGAGGUAGAGCGCACUUUUUUACUUGAACUGACAGUGACAUUUCUUGGGAGUAGAUUGAAAAACGUUGUUUUCUCAAGAUCUCGAGUACGAGAUCAUGAAUGUUUUUCAGUUUAUUUUUUAAUUUAGAUUUUGUAUGUAAUAUGGAUGUGCAUUACCACCUGUGACUUUAAUUUGUUAAUAUUUCAUUAUUCGUGAAUUGAAAAAAAAAAUCGAAAAUGUUUAUUACACGAGGAACUUUAAUUUUAACUUUAAUUUUCUGCAGUGAAUAUAUUUCGUGUUUUAAUUUUGAAGAUAGGGAUCCGCUAGUUAAAAAAGCUCCCGAAGACCAAAAAGGUUCUUACUUUGGUUUCAGCGUUGCCCAACACAGCACCCUAAAUUUACCGAGCAACCAGUCGGAUAAUGAAUUUUGGAUACUUGUAGGAGCACCCCUCGGAAAAAAUUUGCAACCAUACACGAAUCAAUCCGGAGCUUUAUUCAAGUGUCCAAUUUCUAAUUAUGACGAUGACUGCAUUCAAGUAGAAACAGAUGGUAAAAGAUUUGCCGAUUUCGAUUACGACGAUACAGAAACAGAUUCCUCAGUUUUAAAACCUCACGAAGCUAAUGAAAUUAAAGAAGGGCAAUGGUUAGGAGUCACCGUCAAAUCGCAAAAACCCGGUGGUAUUGUAAUAGUUUGUGCACACAGAUAUAUAAAAAGUGAAAAUUUAGAAGAAUUUCAUUAUGGUCAAGGUCUCUGCUACCUUUUAGAUAAAGAUCUGAAUACCUAUGAGAGUUUGUUAUUAUGUAAAGGUAGACCUAUGGAAAAACUCCAUCAGCAGUUUGGAUUUUGCCAAGUAGGUACUAGUGCAUCAUUUGUUGGGGAUGAGUUUGCUUUGUUAGGUGCUCCCGGUCCUUAUACUUGGAGAGGUACUGUCUUUGGACAGAUUGUUGUUGGAGAAUACCUCAAUAGAGACAAGACUACAUAUCACGGGCCGUUUGGAGACAUUGAUAUAAUUGAUAAAUACAGUUAUUUGGGCAUGAGCGUCGGCGGAGGGCAUUUUUUCAGCAAAACUGAAUAUACUUACAUAGCCGGAGCACCUAGGUCUAAAAUGGUCGGACAGGUGUAUUUUUUCAAAAAAUACAGUCUCAACGAAGAUUUGAAUAUAUCAUUAAUAUUAACAGGCGAACAAUUCGCGGCUAGUUAUGGUUACGAAAUACUCGCGGUCGAUGUUAACAACGACGGUUACGACGAUUUAUUAGUAGGCGCCCCCUUUUAUUAUAGCAGUGAAGAAAAAGGUGGAGCAGUAUAUAUUUAUUACAAUAUAAGAAAUUGUGUUGACGACAACCACUGUCAUUAUGAUAACGUAUUGUAUGGAAAAUUAGAAUCUAGAUUCGGAUUCGCGAUGACCUCGUUGGGUGACAUAAAUAAAGACGGUUACAAAGACGUCGCCAUAGGAGCCCCUUACGAGAACGAUUACGGAGCCGUUUAUAUAUAUUUGGGUUCAGCUAAUGGUUUAAGUAACGAACCUUCACAAAUAAUUAGAGAAAAAAAUAUAAGAGCACUGGGAUAUUCUUUGAGCGGCGGUCUCGAUAUGGAUAAUAACGGUUAUCCCGAUUUAUUAGUGGGAGCGUUCGAAUCCGACAGGGUACUUUUAUUUAAAGCCAGACCAAUUAUAGAUAUCAAAAUAACAGUGGAAAGCACGGAAUUAUUGAAUAUAAAUGCUUCGAAAAAAGGUUGCCACAACAUACCCGACAAUAACCAUACGUGUUUCUCGUUUAAAACUUGUUUUAAGGUUAUAGGAGAUAUUAAAAAAGACGCCAAGUUCGACGUAAUUUACAAUAUAGCUGAAGAAAAGAAAAUCGUCAAUAGAAUUUGGUUCGUCGAUGAAUUACAUCAUGAUAAACGAUCACCGUAUAAAUCGGCAGUUGUACCGGUUAGCGGAUAUUCAAAAUUAUACUGUCAAGAAGAAACGGUCAAUUUAAAAGACGGCGUAAGCGAUAUAUUGACACCUAUCGAAUUUAGAGUGAAUUAUACUUUAGAAAAUAACACCUACCACACGCCGAUCUUGAAUAAAACUUCCGUUAAAAUAAUUAGGGCUAGUUUUCAAAAAGAAUGCGGCUCCGACGAUAUUUGCGAAAGUAAUUUGACGUUAACGGCGAGUACCGAUUUGGAUUUGGACGAAACCGGAGCUUAUAAAGUGCAAAUCAUAAACGAAGAUUUCGUUUUGGAAGUAAACGUUUCUAAUAGCGGCGAAUCCGCAUACGAAGCCAAACUUUUCGUCGUACAUCCCAAAACUAUAAGUUACGUAACGUUGAAAAACGACCGUAACGUAUCGGACGGCAUCAAAUGUUUGUUUAAUAACGAAACCUUGGUAAUUUGUAAUAUAGGCAAUCCCUUACAAAAAAAUACGAAAAUUAACCUCAAAUUGCGUUUCGAAAUAUCGAGGGAUAUCAAAGAUCCGAAAUUGCAAUUAAAUAUGUUCGUCAAUUCUACGUCCAAGGAAUUAUCUAAACAUACGUCAGAGACGUUGGUUGCGGUUUUAAUGAAAAUAGCAAAGUUCCAGAUAACUGGCAAGGCGUCCUCGAAUUUGUUUUAUGGUGGAAAAGUGAUUGGAGAAUCGGCGGUUAAAUAUUUGGAUGAUAUCGGCGCUAAAGUUAUUCACAAAUACCAAAUUGAUAAUAACGGACAAUGGGAUUUGGCAGAUGUAAAGGUUUUCAUAAAAUGGCCUUUACAAGUAUCGCCAGGUCCGGAUUAUCCAGAUAGACCCGGUAAAUGGCUUCUGUAUCUCGAAAAUAAUGCGAAAUUGUACGGAGUCGACGGUUUCUGCGCUCCGCUAGGAACCGCAAGACCCAACGAAUUACAACUAAAUACCUCAAAAUUCGAACCGGACGAACCGGAAAAUUUAAUGCUACCCAGCGAUUUCGAACAAAUACUUAAUAUGAGCAAAUCACAUUCUCGAAGCAAAAGAAGUACGAACUAUAUUGUCCCGUACGAAGUGACUGAAAAAGGUGGGAAAAGAAGAAAAAUCGUGAUUAUGGAUUGCUUUUCCGGAAGUGCAAAAUGCAUCGACAUAUUAUGUACGAUAAGAAAACUUAACAAAGGUAUUGAAAUAAAUUCAAUUUACUUCGUAUCCACACACACACACACACACACACACACACACAUCUUUAUUUUAUAUCGUUCUCUAGGUAACCAGGCUGAAAUAGACAUCCAAUCCCGUAUCUGGAAUUCGACCCUAGUUGAAGAUUACAGCAAUUUGGAUUGGGUCGUGAUAAAAUCGACGGCAACGGUAUUAAUCGAAGAUGGGUCUUUCAACAUUAGCUCCGAUACUAUUUCCGAAUAUUCAGCAGAAACGAUCGCGUAUCCGGCAAUAGUUUCGGCGGAUACAGAAUUGAAUUGGUUGAUAAUAGGCGGUGCCGUAUUCGUAGGAUUGCUACUUCUCAUUCUACUCAUAUUCGUUUUAUAUAAAUGCGGUUUCUUCAAAAGGAAACGUAUCAGUGACGAUCCUACGUUAUCGGGAAAUUUACAAAAAAAAAGCGAAGCCGAUCAUUUACUUACAGAAUAAAAAAAACGUCGUGUCGCCAUUGACAUAAGUUAUUUAAGAAGUUUUAAAAGUAAAUGUGCCCGAAAUACAUGUCAUUUUCACCUAAAUUGUUCUAAUAAAACAUUUUAACAAAUACAUCGAAAAAUAUGACUGAAAAUAUCUACCGAAAACACUGUCCUAUCAUAUUAAAUAAUUAGAUUAGUAAAUAUUAAGACGGGGGCGGCUUUAAGGGGAUAUUAAAAUAUUUUUAUCAAUUUAAUUUUUGAUUGUAAUGGAAAUUGAAAAUUAUUUUGGAAUUAUUAAUUAACUUAUUAGUGCCAUUGGACGCUAAAAUAUUUAUUUGCUUUUUGAAUGUUUAGAUUUAAAAAAAUGUUUAAAUUAGUGAUUGAUUUGUGCCUUUCACUCCAAGUAGACUCUAAGAUUUACUCUUUUUAACUCGGAUUUUUAAUUAGAAUUAUUAUUGAAACACCCUGUAACGUUAAAUCAAAUGAUGACUGGAACGUGAUUUAUAAAAUCUUUUUCUAGAACAACAUCCGGAACGAUAUGAUCGUAUUCGAUACAAACGGAAAUAUUGAAAAACUUUGUACUUAUUUCUAGUGAAAUAUUUAUGUAAACCCGUUAUUAGCUGUACUUAACAAUGACUCAGGAUUAAUGGGAAAUUCAUUAGUAAAACUUAAUUUUGAGUUGUUUCAUAAUAUAUUGGUAAAUGAUUUAACAUAAAAGUAACUACAUAAUACAUUAUAUUUGGAAUUAAUUUGAAAUUUCUGACAAGUUAAAUCCAUGAUUAUUCCAACUUCAAAAUUCAAGUUUUGCCAAAAAAAUUUUGAAACAUCUUAUAAAAGGACUCGAUUAUGUUUUUAUAGCCUCAAAUUAUCAUACACUGGGUAUAUUCUUUGUGCUUCGCCAUUUAUUUUAAUAAUAAUAUAUAAAUACAUA